AGGAACCGCCGGGGGGCAGCAGCUCCUUUGUGAGCACACCCACAAACAAGAACCAUAGAAGAAGCCAAAAUAAUGUCCCCGAGGAAGCAGCUAGCAGAAUGAGCCUCCUCUCGUCAUCACCACUUGGUUUAUUUCACUGAGCUUCUGUGUUGGUGUAAAGAUGUCCGAGCGGGAACAGGUCAGAGACGACGGUGGGGUGUUUCAGAGCGACGAUGUGCUUGAGCUGUCACCCAGCCACGAGUCUGAAGCUGAAGAAGCACCCAGCAGGGCUCCUUUUGACCCAGAGCUGGACCACAGUGAUGAUGAGGAGGAGGUGGAGGCCAGUGGUCCAGCUCCUAUCGCUACGUUCACCCUGACUGGAGGGAACUCCGCCUUCUCCUACCGCAGCCGCAGCAUCUUUGACUGUCUGGACACUGUUGACAGGAAGACUGCGCCCAGUCUCAAUCAGGAGACUUCCACAAACCGCAGGAAGACGAGUUGUCCUAUGCCCACUUGUCCAACACCACCAAAGAAGAGAGGUGUGCCUGAUUACUUGGCGCACCCGGAGCGUUGGACCCACUACAGUCUAGAGGACGUGACUGAGAGCAGCGAUCAGGACAAUAGGAGGACAGCCCACCAGUUCCUGUCCAGCCUGAGACAAGAGACAAAUCGUGAUCCCCCCUGCAACAUCCAGAAGAAGAUGCUCUUCUCUAGACCAAACCGACCACCAAAAGAUCUCAUCACAGUGCAGCAGGGAAAGGAGAAGGAGCUACAGCUGAGCCAUUUAGCCGAGGAGGAGGAGGAGGAGGAUGAAGGCAAACGAAGAGAGGAGACCAGAGGACCAACCGUACUGGAGGAUGAAGAAAAGGAGGUGAGUGGAGGUGUGGAGCCAGCAGAAGAGCAGACGAUGGAGGAGUCCAGCCUUAGCUUCACCUCCUUCAGGAAGACUAAAACAAAAAACUACAGGAGAAGCUCAGAACAGGAGGAUGACUGAAAGUCACUGAUCCUGUCCCUGCUGCAGCACGACACCCAGAACCAGGUGAGAGCACAGAGGCCAGUCCCGACUCCAGUACAGCUCAGCAGACAGGUUCACAACAUCUGGAUGACUGUCCAAGCAGAGCUCAGCAGGCACAAACCCGGGGACCACUCAGAAUCGUCCCUGAGAAACGGCGCUGACAACGUCUAGCGUGCUCGCUACCUGCAGCUCUACACCAGUCCUGCUGAUGGCGCUGUUGUUAUUAGCUACUGCUAAUCAGAGGUGGCAGACACAUCAGCAUUCGACUGCUUCUGUCUGAAAUGAAACCACAUCACACAGUUUGAACCAACUUGUAUGAAAGAAAAUAAAAGUUUCUGCUUCCCACAAAAACUAAACACGUAAAAGUUUAAAGAGCAGAUCCUCUUUAGCAGCUCGCUGUUGAGCCCGACCACGUUCAGAGUUGCUGUUUGAUUCUGUCCCUGAUCUCUGACAGGAACACGUGGCAUGACCUGUUUCAUCUGUCGGCUUUAAUAAAGUUGGUGAAAGUCUU